AUGACCCUUUUCCCCGAUGAUGAUGAUGAUAAUAAUAAUGGUGAAGAGCCGUAUAAGCAUCUGCAGGAAUUUGAUGUCGUGUGCAACAGUAUGAAACCCCCGGGUAUCACAGAAGAGCAGAUAAAAAUGAGGGCAUUCCCCUUUUCCUUGAAAGAUUCUGCGAAGGACUGGCUGUACUACCUGUCACCAGGUAGCAUCACCAUGUGGGACCAAUUAAAGAAAAAAUUUUUGGAUAAAUAUUUUCCUGCGUCCAGGGCUGCAAGUCUGAGAAAAGAAAUUUGUGGGAUCAAGCAGCAUCCAGGGGAGUCACUUUAUGAGUAUUGGGAAAGGUAUAAGAACUUGUUGCGCAGGUGCCCCCAGCACCAGAUAAGUGAGCAGUUGCUCAUUCAGUAUGUUUAUGAGGGGCUCCUUUUCAGAGACAGGAGCAUCAUUGAUGCUGCAAGUGGUGGGGCACUGAUGAACAAAAUCCCUCAGGAAGCACGGGAGUUAAUAGAGGAGAUGGCAGAGAAUUCACAACAAUUCAGUACAAGAGAGGAUGUCCCCAUACGUAAGGUGAAUGAGGUGGAGACACCCUCUAUGCAGCAGCAGCUAAAUGAGUUGACCGCGUUUGUUAGGCAACUGGCUGUGAGAAAUGCAUCACAAGCCAAGGUAUGCGGGAUUUGCACUGGUAUAUGUCACUCUGCAGACAUGUGCCCAAUGAUUCAAGAAGAAACUGCAGAACAGGUGAACAUGGCUGACCACGCGCCCGCACCAAGGAAGCAGUACGACCCUUACUCAAGCACCUACAACCCAGGGUGGAGAGAUCAUCCCAACCUCAGUUAUGGAGGGAAUAGGUAA